UUUGGACUUUAUUCAUGUAGUCUGAGUUUAAACAUGACUACAGAAAAUAUAUACUAUACCCUUGGAAAAGAAUAUUCCAUCUGGUCAACUUACAUUUUGGAAGAAUGUGCAGGCUUUAUGGUAUAUCCCAUAACAGUUUUAGUGAUAGUGAUACUGUUAUAUUAUCCACUUAUUUUUGCAUUUUCUUGGUUCUAUGCCAGUAGUCUAAUACUUUAUGUGUGGAAAAAAAUUGGUAAUUUGCCAGAAGAUACAAGUAGCAAACAAUGGGAUGUGCCAAGGAAAAUUUACUCACUGAUAUCAGAUUUGUUUGGAAAGAUACUACACAGUUAUGAGAUUUCUGGAUUAGAAAAUCUACCCAAAGGACCAGCGAUUCUUGUCUAUUAUCAUGGAGGCCUUCCAGUUGACUAUCACUGUUUUGUAACAAGAUUGUAUAGACUCACUGGGAAAUACUGCUAUUCUGUGAUAGAUAAUUUUUUCUCAUUUUUACCAGGACUAAAACAAUUCAUUUCUUUUCAUCACUGUGAUAAUUCUACAAGAGAAAGGUGUAUAAACAUUCUGAAACAAGGGCACUUACUUGGAAUUGCACCAGGAGGAGUACGAGAGCAAAACUAUGGAAAUAACCUGUAUAAAAUAAUAUGGAGAAAACGUAAAGGAUUUGCACAUAUAGCUAUAGAUGCCAAAGUGCCAAUCAUUCCUUUGUUUACACAAAAUAUUAGAGAAGGAUAUAUGACAUAUGCAGAUACAAGACCAAUGAGAUGGUUAUAUGAGCGAAACCGAUGGUUAAUCUUUCCGGUAUGUGGAAUGUUUCCAGUUAAACUUAUAACCCAUAUUGGAAAACCAAUUCCAUAUGAUCCGGAUAUAACUCCUGAAAAAUUAGCUGAAAAGGCUCAAAGGGCAAUAGAAGAUUUACGGGACAAACACCAGAAAAUCCCAGGAAGCAUUUUGCAUGCUCUUAGGCAACGUUUUGAAGCACAUAACAAAGAUAAAUAGUAAUAUAACAUCAACAACCUCUGUGGAUAAUACAUGUGCAUAUGUAGCUAA